AUGAUGCGGCUGGGCGGCUGGUGUGCGCGGCGGCCCCGCGGCGCGGCGGUCCCGGCGGGGCGGCGCGGGGCGGCGGGGCGGGCGGGCGACCGCGCCCUGCGGGUGUUGGUGGACAUGGACGGCGUGCUGGCCGACUUCGAGGGCGGCUUCCUCAGGAAGUUCCGCGCGCGCUUCCCCGAGCAGCCCUUCAUCGCGCUGGAGGACCGGCGCGGCUUCUGGGUGUCGGAGCAGUACGGCCGCCUGCAGCCCGGGCUGAGCGAGAAGGCCGUCAGCAUAUGGGAGUCGAAGAACUUCUUUUUUGAGCUUGAGCCUCUGCCAGGGGCUGUGGAAGCUGUGAAGCAGAUGGCCAACCUACAAAACACUGAGGUCUUCAUCUGCACCAGCCCCAUCAAGAUGUACAAGUACUGUCCCUAUGAGAAGUACGCCUGGGUGGAGAAGCACUUUGGCCCUGAGUUUCUGGAGCAGAUGGUGCUAACCAGAGACAAGACCGUGGUCUCUGCUGACCUUCUCAUAGACGACCGGCCGGACAUCACAGGGGCCGAGCCAAACCCCAGCUGGGAGCAUGUCCUCUUCACAUCCUGCCACAACCAGCAUCUGCAGCUGCAGCCCCCCGGCCGCAGGCUGCACUCGUGGGCGGACGACUGGAAGGCCAUUCUCGACAGCAAGCGGCCCUGCUGAGCUGGACUGUGCUUUGGGCUCCCCACUGGGCCCCGAUCUCAGGGCUCCCAGCUCAGGUCCUGUGGGGCUGGUGCUCUGGGCUGGGGGCUUCCCCCCAGACGUCCUGGCCAAGAUGACCCCCUGCUGCAUGUCCCCUCCCUUUCCCAGCCCUGCCAGGCCUUAACCUGAUCUCGGGGCAGGGCUGGGCCAUGGGGGCCCUAGGACAAAGACGUGUGCUCCCAUGUGCUUGAGACUGACCUCAGUCAGCAGGCCCCAAGCCGCCAGGGGCCUAGGCCAGGCAGGAGUCGAGGCCGUGGUCCAGAGGGCCAGCAGCCCUCUCCACUCGCCAGGUAGGUGCCCUGAGGCAUCAGGGGUACCGCCUUCCCAGGGCCUGCAGCCCUUCAACAAGGAGUGCUUGGAAGCUGAGGUGCUUCCAGGUGGGGAUGAGCCCCUCACUGUCAGCCAUGGCACUGCUUAUUCUACCUGUCCUGCCCAUUCUGGUCUCCCCACAUGACCUGUCAUGUAUUCAGGAAGCGCUUGCCCGGUUCCUGUGGCUAGCAGGCUCUGUGCUGGGGGAUGACAGUGGCCCUACCUUUGACCAGUUCAGAGGUUUCUUGCAUCUCUGUCCCUGCUCAGGGCCCAGCAGAGCCGGCAGCCUUGAACGUUUGUUGAAUGCAUGAAAAAUAAAUGCUGUUCACGUGUA